ACCGGCGCCGCCGCCCGUGAGGAAGGGAUCCUGCCACGCCGGUGCCCCGGGGCUCGCCUUCCCUCAGGCCGCUCGUAAGGCGGCGGCGCCGGCGUCCCAGAGGAUGUGGCGGAGGCGGCAGUGGCAGGCGCCACGGCCAAGGGAGCCCUGAGCCCGAGCAGCGCUUCCCGGCCCCUCGUCCCGGCGCCUCGCCGGCAGCUGCUUGCCCGUUGCUCUUCGUUCCCCUCGCCCGGCGCCGACCCCGGCCGCGUCGCCUCCCGCUUAACCUCGCCGGUUCUCACACGCUGCAGCUCCGCGCGGGGGCCGAGGACAGCUCGAGAGCGCGGGAGCGGGGCGGGGCGGCCCUCGGGGGCCGGUGGCAGCGAGGAUGGCCUCGUCGUCGGGUAACGACGACGACCUCACCAUCCCUAGGGCUGCCAUCAACAAGAUGAUCAAGGAGACGCUCCCCAACGUCCGCGUGGCAAACGAUGCCCGGGAACUGGUGGUCAACUGCUGCACGGAGUUUAUCCACCUCAUCUCCUCUGAGGCCAAUGAGAUCUGCAACAAGUCGGAGAAGAAGACCAUAUCCCCGGAGCAUGUCAUACAAGCACUAGAAAGUUUGGGCUUUGGCUCCUAUAUCAGCGAAGUAAAAGAAGUCUUACAAGAAUGCAAAACCGUAGCACUAAAGAGAAGAAAGGCCAGUUCACGCUUGGAAAACCUCGGCAUUCCAGAAGAAGAGCUUCUAAGGCAGCAACAGGAAUUAUUUGCAAAAGCUAGACAACAGCAAGCAGAACUGGCACAGCAAGAGUGGCUGCAGAUGCAACAAGCAGCUCAACAGGCACAGCUUGCUGCUGCCUCAGCCAGUGCAUCCAAUCAGGCAGGAUCUUCUCAGGAUGAAGAUGAUGAAGAUGAUAUCUGAAAUUCACCAGCUGGGUUUCUGUCUUCACUAAGAAAUAUUUUUCCUGCACAAUGAAAACAGUGAAAUGAAUGCUUACCUGUAAGUUUGUAUGCAUCAUGGACUGGCAGUUGGUAUUCUAGGGGUGUCUGCUGUUGUGUGCUGUACAUGUAUAAACUGUCUUUUUUUGAACUCUUGGAGAUUUAAGGUUCAGUAUCAUAUCGACUUUGGAUUUUUAAUGGUGUAUAUGGAAAUUUUAGAUAGCAGUGCGUCACUUAUUUGAUCAAUAAACAGUGUUACAAUAAACAACAAGUUUAUAAAAUAUAGUGAGAUUUAUACAAAAAGCUCUAAAUUCACAUUUGCAUUUCUUCCCUUUUAACUAAACUAUGAAAUCUUACUUAGAAUUUUUAAUUGUUUUGGGGGGGAGUGGUACAGUACCGUUAAUGGGGAAAAAGUCAAGUUCAGCAUAGUACAGUUUUGAAUUCUUUGUUCUUUUUAAAAUGCGGAUAUAUAUGGCAAUAAAUAUUAUAAAUGCUCAAAUACCACACUUGUUACAAUUUGAAAACAGUAUCUUUCCUAGCUUGGUGAAAAUGUAUGUUUAAUAGGAGUUGUACAAAUUGAAUCCUUUUUGGUAUGGGAUGGAAAAAAAUAAAUCCAUGGUUUUAUUACUGCAUCCUUUGACAGUCAGACCCGACUGAAUAUUUUACUUGGAAGACUGCCCCUUUUGGGAAACUAACUCUUCUUAUUGUUUUGCUCCAAUUUAAUGUUAACUGUUGAUGUUAUUGCGUAGUCCAGAUAUGUUCAUAUUGUUGAAAUAUAAAACUGGAACUUGAUGAAACAGAAUUGUUCUGGUUCCACUGAUGUAACUGGGAAUGAUUCAAGCCUAUGAAGGCAAAAGCUGAAGCUAAGAGCAUGCUUACAAUAAAAGAGGGAUUUUAUUUAACCUUGAUAAGUCA